UUCACCCUGACCUGGAGGGCCACCUUUGAAGAAAGUUUUCUCAAGAAGUGAAAAAUAACGCUUACAGAUGCAAAGUAUCAUUUUUUUUUUAGGGGACACUGGUUUUCCUGUGUAAAUUCUGCAAGGUAACCAAGCUCAGCGUGAUAUACUAUUGUUAAAUGGUUUUCAAAGGAUGCUUUCAGAGGACCAAGAUACAUUAAAAUGGUGGGGCGUGUGCAAGCUGUAGCGCCCUUUGUCAUCCUCUGUCUCUGGGCUGCUGUCCAGUCUUCUGAUGCUUGCAGCAUCCGAAAAUGGUUUGGUCCUAACUGCGUGUAUCGAUGUCAAUGUAAGAAUGAUAACGAAGACUACUACUACUGCCGAGGGUCAGAUGGUGUUUGUCGGUGUGGAAGUGGUUACGCCGGAACAUCUUGUCAGUACGAGAACUACGCUGCUUUAGCGAGUACUCGGGUAGAAAAUGUAGAAGUGGUGUUUGGCAAUAUGGCCAGUGUGACCGAUGGGAACGAGGUCACGUGCUUUGCAGCAAAAAUCCAACCAAAUGUCAAGUGGACCGCGGAACUGAGCAGCAGCUCUUGGGUGACUCACAUUAAACUUAUAGUUCGGAAAGGGUCGGCGGGACCGGAGGAUCUGACAGUCAGUUGUUACAACGACGUUGACAACACAGAAACUCGUGUGACUCCACGCCAGGCAAACAACAACGACACGGAGCUGGUUUACCCGCUGAACCCCCCUUCUCUAGUGUCCAAGGUUCAAAUCUCCACUUCUCGGGAUGCUCAACUAGCUCUGUGCGAGGUGUACAUUUUAGGAGGUCGCAAUCUGGCGCUGAAGAAAAAUGCUAGUCAAGGAGAAGAAACAUUCUCUUCUCAAAGUGGAGCUGAAAAAGCGGUGGAUGGCAACAUUGACAGGACGACCUCAUGCACUCAGACCAAAGGCACAAGCAUGAAGUCCUGGUGGAAAGUCGUUCUUGGAAACAACCUACUUAUCUGGAGAAUUGAAGUCCAUAACAAAGAUGGGCAGUAUUCAUGGCGACUUCGUUAUUUUGAGGUUGGGGCUACACUGCGCAAUGAAUCAUUUCAACUCCUGUACAAAGACACACGCGCGGACAUACCAUCCGUCACAUCUAUUAAUUUGGAAAGACCGGUGGCUGCAACUGAAGUUAACAUUUCGUUGCCAGAUAGCGGAAUAGCGCUUACUUUGUGUGAGGUGCGCAUUUUUGGAGAUUGCCUUGAUUACUUCCAUGGUUGGAAAUGCGAAGAGCGAUGUAACUGUGAAGACAGUGGAGAAAUCUGCGAGAAGAUGUGGGGGUCGUGUCCUGUCAGCGGGUGCAAAAGCGGGUGGCAAGGACUUGGGUGCCGAGAGCCCUGUGGGUCUGGAACCUUCGGCUUCCAGUGCAGCAGCAACUGUAGCGACACCUGUGUUGAGAGAAAGUGUCAACAAAUCUCUGGUGAAUGCACCAACGGGUGCAAGCCCGGGUGGGAGGGAGACAAAUGUGACCGAGUGUGCCCUAUAAAUUAUUUUGGCGAGAGGUGCUCUCGGAAAUGUGGUGAAGGUUGUGCCAACAGCCGAUGUCAUCACAUCACAGGCAAGUGCACUCAGGGAUGCAAUGCAGGCUGGCAGGGAGCAACCUGCUCUAGUCCCUGUGAUUCGGGCUUCUUUGGACUCAACUGUAGCCUCACGUGCAGCAUCGGCUGCUUGAACACGACAUGUGACGCAAGUUCCGGAACCUGCUCAUACGGAUGCGCAGACGGCUUUGGUGGCGACACCUGCGUCAGUGAGGACUUAAUGGGAGACAACCCUACGGAUGAUGACAAUAACAGCAUCAUAAUCGGUGUGACUGUAGGCGUGCUCUUUCUAAUAUUAUUGCUGAUCACCAUUGGUCUGAUUGUGUGGAGGAUAAGAAAGAGAAAUCCAGAAACAAAAUCCCAACGGAAGACUGGCGUGAACAGUGUCACUCCUAUCGGCUUACUGAUGGACUCACCAGACAACGCAAACAAUAUACUCCAGCCACUCAACAGCCCGAACACGGACUUCACGUGCAAGCGAUCCAACUCCAUGUCCCCGGCGAAGCCUCCACGACGAAGGUUGACAGAGAAACGCGAAGCUUUUCAGAUGGAAGAACAGAGCGGGCUCGUGUCCCCUGACGACAAAGCAGCUGUCAGAUCAUCCAAGCGCGAGAAGGUUGAGUCUUCCUCGGGGGCCGAGAGCUCCAGACAAAGUCUCCGCAGCAGCAGCAGGCGGCCUCAGCUCAUGGCCCUGUUCUCCAGAGAUGCAACUUCUACCGGAGACACAGCCAUCACCAGGGCGCGAGCCAGCAGGCGGGGGGCGAGUUUUGAGUCUCUCGAUGAAUUGAGUACAGUUGACACGGAGCUGAUGGCAGGUGAGGCGUUGCCAUGGUCAGGUCAGCCGGUGCACACCGAGGGUUACUACAAUGUGGUCUUCCGUGACAAGUCGCCCAACACACUUGUGUCUCUCGAGGAGCUGCCGGCGAGGGUAGCCAAGUGGAUGGCCGAGCCCCGACUGUUCAACAGGGAGCGUGGGCUGCUGCCAGUGGGCAAGAUUGCGAGCUGGGAGGCAGCGACAUUGCCAGAGAACAUCAGGAAGAACCGCUAUCGAGAAGUUUAUCCAUACGAUCAUUCUCGUGUCCGCUUGACACCGCUGACCGACGACCCCACCAGUGACUACUACAACGCCUGCUACAUUGAUGGUUAUAACAAGGAAAGACAGUAUAUCGCAGCACAAGGCCCCAUGGAGAAGACUCUCGCCGAUUUUCUGAGGAUGGUGUGGGACGUGGACUGUCCGUGCAUCGUCAUGCUGACCAACACAGUAGAGAUGGGACGGUUCAAGUGCGAGCAAUACUGGCCAGCAGAAGGUGUGGACGUCCUUAGUGUCGGGAGCAUCAAAGUCACGGUGUCAAAGGUCACGACGCUGGCCGACUACUGUGUCCGUGAACUCAUCUUGGAGAGGGAUGGACAGACGAGGAGAGUAGCCAUGUUCCACUACACGGCCUGGCCAGACAACUACGCCCCGGCAUCCCCCUGGUCGCUGCUCGACUUCCGGUUCAAAGUGCACCAGGCCGCACUUACAAACGGACCGACAAUCGUUCACUGUAGUGCUGGGAUUGGGCGGACGGGCACGUUUCUCACGCUGGACAUCCAGCUGUCGCGCGCCGAGCACGAGGACAGUGUGGACGUCUUCACGUGCGUGUGGAACCUCAGACAGCAGCGGAUCAGCAUGGUGCAGACCUUGGCGCAGUACAUUUUCAUCUACGAGGUGUUAGCGGCAAAUUUAAUGACCUCACUUCCGGUACCGAUAAAAGACUUCAACCUGUCCUAUUUGUUGCAAGAAAGAGACGGAAAGAGAUUGAUUGAAGAGGAAUUUCAAAAGCUUGAGUUAUGUCUAGCACCACCAAAGGAGGGAAGUGUGGUAACCGAGGAGACAGAAAACGAUUCAGGGGCAACAUCUGAUGGCAUGGAGCUACCAAGGGAUGUACACCGAGUUCCAGUGUUCAGCGCAGACGGCAAGUUCUCCUCCGUGUAUGUCAACGCCGUCUUUCAGUCAAGCUACAGGCAAAGCCAAGCAUUUAUUCAAACUCACAGUCCGCUAGAGGGCAAAGUUGUCGACUUCCUGUCGAUGGUGUUUCAGCAUCAAGCCACCGCUGUUAUCUGUCUGGACUCGACAGAAGGAAACCAAGGGGUUUCCUACUGGCCCGACACCAAGGGGUCAAGUGUCAAGUUGGGUCCAUACCGAGUGGAGCUGCUGGGCAUCAAAGAAGAUGCUGUGAUGACCAUACGUGCCCUUCGCAUUUACCUCCCCGGACAGUACAACCUCAACAGCCGGAAGAGCGUUGACCCCACUAAAGAAACAUGGCAUGAGGUCACUCACAUCACGUGCUCUCUGUGGCCAGACUGUCUGCUGACGUCAGAGUACGUGUCCACGUUUGUGGCCAUAGUGAAAACUGUUCACCCAGAGCCCCAGAGACCCGUGCUUGUCCACUGCAGGGACGGACACACGAGGAGCGGCGUGUUCUGUGUGUUGUACGCGGUGCUGGAGCGACUGAAGGCGGAAGGCAAAGUGGCGGUUAGCUACGUCACACCGCACAUGCGCAGUCCUCGACGACAGAACGUCACAUGUCUGGAUCAGUAUGAAUUUCUUUACCGCUGCGUGCAACACCAGCUCGAUGUUCAGGAAGAAGACACAACACUGUUUGACCAGUCGUCACGUGAUGUGGUUGAGUCCUCGGAGGAAAACGCAUACGGCAAUGUCCAGUGUGUAGGCGGGUCCUUGAAGGAGAAGACGCCCAGAAAUGUCCAAGCCCCGGUAAACACAGAGGAAGAGCCCCUGUAUAGCAACACCACACCCUGCAGCAACUCUGAUGAAUCAAAACUCCAGGACUCCAACAUCUACAGCAACCUCCAGACACACUAGUCACUGUGUGCCACUCACUGUGUGAAAGAUACAAACGUGCCAGGACAUGUACAAAGGAAACUUUAGUCAUUGCAUGCGAGUACAAAAAUUGUUGAAAGUCGAAAACCGAGUUUUGCCUUGUAGGGGCUGACAACUGUGUGAGUUGUAUUGUGAUGUAUUGUGUGUAUAUACGAGAAUACAGGAAGGCAUUGCAGUUCCAAGUUUCUACCUCUUCAAACGGCAGGAGAAAUGUACUAUAACCAUAAUAUUUUUAUCUACUCGUUGAAGUGCAUGGGUCCUUGUAUACAGUUUCAGACAACACACUCUUGGAGCUCUGUCUCACGAGAAACUCACCAAGAGUCAGGAGAGUAAUGCACGAGACACAAAAUAGAGAUAGUGCCAUAAUAAUGAAGUAUAUUUCGCGAUGCUGUUGCUCUUGGAAAAUUAGUUUUUUUUUCCGAGAAACCUGAGCCCGAAGAUGUAGAUUCGAGUUUCCACUUUUUAUUGAGUAGGCCUGAGCACAUUUCAAGCAGCCAUCAUCAUUAACAUUUUCAUAAGAUGUAGUGUGGAAAAUAAACACAAUUAACUUUCAAUAGUACAGUUAUGUAAGAUAGACAGCAACAUCAUUAUUUUACAUCCAAACAUGGACAGUAAUUGAGAUUAUGUUCACAUAUCCACAUAAACUAAAUGGAAAAAAUGCAGAAUUCAACGAGGGUAAGUGUUAAUCUGCAAUACAAGAUUCAGAUUAAGAAAGUAGGCAUUUCGGUAUGUAUCAGAUUCAGCAAGGGUGUGAGUAUUUAAAAAAAUAACUACACAUCUUAAAACUGCUGUACAUACAAUCCAGUAAUUAGUAAUGUCAAGACCAGUAAUUUUCCAAUUCUAUACAGACAUACAUAUACAUACACUUCAAUCAACAUUGAGACAUCAAGAGUGUGAAAUAGAAAUGUAAGGGUGCUAAGUGUCCAAAGAUGUAUAUUUUAUGUUUGAUAAACAACGAUUAUUGUUAUGUUGCGUCCACCAGACCUGCCGAGCCCCACAUUCCUUGUUUGUAGUAUUUCCACUUACAAUCCACUCUUCCAUACCAGUAGGCCCCUAGUCCUAGUAACAUUUUGUCAUCAACCGUUGUAACUUUUACUUUUUAGCUUUCAGUUCAUUGCCAGAUAUGAAUCGACACAAAUUAGAAAAUUGAGGAAAUAUCAUGAAUUCACAUAAGUGAACAUUUAUCAAGUGUUCUUAUAGCGCGGUUGCAGUUUAAACCAACCGCAAUCAAGGAAAUAUUGAAAUUAAUAAAAUAUUCUUAGUUUUGGUCAACAUA